GCUCAGCGCCAUCCAGAGCGCGCAUCCAUUCCAUCGCUGCCUCGAGGCUUACCACAAGGCGGGCCUUAGGUUGCCUUGAUGAUGGCACAAUUGUAGGUCUGGGGCAGGAUGAGUAACAAAGAAGCCGCGGCUGGCUCUCAUUAUCACUUCAUGAUCGCAGGCGAAACAACACGGGAAGUUGAACGGGCUGGGAGUGGGACCCUGUGGGACCCAUGCACCCUGAAUGCGUUGAGCACCCUAAAUGCAAUGAGCCGUAGUGCCUAGCCAUCUACUCCAUAACAUAAACAAUAAACCACACACACGCAGAUUGCAUUGGGACUUCGUCUCUUCAGCUUCUCGCAUCCAAUCAUCCAUGGCACAGGCCAGCGCCAGGGCAGGUGGCAGGUGGGCGAGCGGCAUGAAAGAAUUUCUAUACUCUGCAAAAGACAAGUUUUUAGCGAAAAUGGCCACUGGGUUCUCAUACCUCGGCUUCAUGACGUUCUACGGCACUGGAGUCGUCAUAGCCUUGCGGUACCAGGCGACACAGGCCGACCUAGAGCUCCCACCCGAGUACGUGCUGGAGCUCCCCCUGGACCGGCUGCAACUGGUGGACGCUGUUGAUCCUAGCCCGCUCAGGGGCCCUACAACCCAGAUUGAGCUGCCCAAAGUGGUGGCGGCCCUGAAGCACGCAGCGGGCGACCGCCGCUGCCAGGGCCUGGUGACGUAUGUGGGGGCGCGCGAGAACCUGGGCGGUCUGGCCACCGUGCAGGAGCUCCGCGGUGCCAUUUCCAGGUUCCGGAAAAAGGUGACGGCCGCGCGCCUCGCGGCUGGACAUGGCAACAGCAGUAUGGAGGGCGCGCCCGCCUCGGUGGCCUUCGCUGCCAGCUAUGGCGAUGCGGCCGGCUACGGCAGUGGUGGCAUGCUGCCGUACCUGCUUGCGUCCGCCUGCGACCGCGUGUACCUGCAGCCGUUGGGCCUAAUGGGGCUGCAGGGGCCCACCGUGCCGGGCGGCCCCUUCACGCGUCACGAGUCCAAGGGCGCCGCCGCCAGCUCCAUCACACCGUGCAACGCAGGGCUGCCUUCGGGCCCCCAGGGGGAGAGCUUUCAGGCGGCCCUGGCAGACCUGGAGGCGCAGGCGGUGGCUGAGGUGGCGGCUUCACGCGGUGUGGACGGCGAGGCGGUGCGGGAGGCGGUGAAGGCGGCUCCGCUGCUGCCGGCUGCGGCGCUGCAGCGCGGCCUGCUGGAUGGCGCCAACUACCAGGACGAAGUGCAGUCCCUGUAUAAACGGGCGGACCCCGUGGAGCAGUACAAGCGCAGCUUGGAGAAGAACGGCAUACUGCAACAGCUGAGGGAGACCAGCCACAGCCUGAGCCAGAUCCCGCUCGUGCCCAUCGACAAGUACAUCCAGGUGCUGGAGAAGCAACACGCCGCCAAGGCACGUCAAUGGUGCCGCUGGUUUGCCGGCACGCCCUUGGCGGGAUACUUUAUGUACAAGGCGCCUCACGGAUACCUAUCACAGGGCACGGCAGCGCUGGAGCGGUACCCGGGCGUGGGCCCCGUGGAGGACCGGGUGGAUGACUGGCUGGAGCCCUGCAUUGCGGUGGUGACGGUGUCGGGCACGAUCGUGCAGGGGCCCGUGCCACCUGGCAGCCUCGCAGCCUCGCAGCCAACAACCAGCAGCAGCAGCAGCAGCAACAGCAGUGCAGCACACAUACACCGAGUCGUGGACGCGGCCAAGCUGGUCGCUGACCUCCGCAUGAUGAUGGACGACCACCUGGUGCGGGCGGUGGUGGUGCGGGUUAACAGCCCGGGCGGCUCGGCGCUGGCCUCAGACUCCAUCCGCCGCGAGCUUCAGCGCCUCAAGACAUUAGGCAAGACCGUGGUGGUCAGCAUGGGCGACGUGGCGGCUGGCGGGGCCUACUACAUCGCGUCGGCUGCAAACGCGGUAGUGGCGCAGCCGGGCACCGUCACAGGCGGCAUCGGGGCGGCGGAGAACAAGACCGUCACGGCGGCGCCGCUGAAACACGUGCAAGAUGAGCUUGUAGGACAGGUGGCCAAGAGCCGCGGGCGGGCGAUGUGGGAGAUGCAGCAGCUGGCCCACGGCCGCGUGUACACGGGGCGGCAGGCGUACGACAUCGGCCUGGUGGACCAGCUGGGGGGGCUGGAGGAGGCGAUCAGCCACGCCAAGGCUCUGGCAGAUCUGGACGAGGACGUGUCGGUGUACGAGCACCCGCUGCGCCGCCUGCCGCUGGAGCUGACCCUCUUCAAGCGGUCGGGCAUAGUGGCCGGCGCCGCCGGGGACGGCAGCAUCAGCAGCGACUUGCGCUCUGCCAUUGUGAGCGGGCUGGCGGAGAUGGGCGCGGUGAUGGUCCUGGCGGCGGCCGCAGUGGGGCUGCCGGUCUCGGCGGGCGGCCGAUUCGCGGCAGCGGUCGGUGGCGGUGGGCCGGGUGGCGCCGACGGGCGGGGGGCGGCGCAGUUGGGGCCGGCGGGGCCGAGGCCGGCGCUGCCGCAGCUGGGCGGGGAGCCGCAUUACAUGUACUCUACGGACGCGGCGACGCUGGUGACACAGGUGUAGGUGUCGGUUGUGAGAGUGCAGCUAGAUUGGGCGUAGACUUGGGUGCAGUUUGGUUUGCGGGGUACGUUUCCUAAGUCGACACGCGCGUAGGAACUGGUUUCAUGAUAUUUGGAUCGCUAUGCUCUCUGGUGGCUCAGCCCAUUCAGAUGCACAUGUAUAGUGGGCUGUGCAGGAGUGGUUAACCAGGAGUGGUUAACGGCCUCAUGCAUGCAGGGGUGUGCGACAGGUACCGUCAUGUCCGUAAGACAGCUA